UGUGGUGGAACAGCUGACCGUGCGGUGGGUGGUGCAAGAGACUGCUAUCUUUUUCGAACAGUUACAAACCUGACAGCCGAAAAACCGGUCCGUAAUUCAAAUUUAGUCGAGCCACUGAUAAUCUCUCAACGAACAUCAUGGCUGAGACGGAUCCCAAGUCAGUGCAGGACCUCACUAAUGUGGUCCAGACACUGCUGCAACAGAUGCAGGACAAGUUCCAGACCAUGUCAGACCAGAUCAUUGGGAGGAUCGAUGAGAUGAGCACACGCAUCGAUGAUUUGGAGAAAAACAUUGCUGACCUGAUGACCCAGGCUGGUGUCGAAGAGAUCGAGGCACCACCAGAAAAGGCUAAAGAAGGACAAGGCUCAUAAUGAAGGAUCCUAAACUCCAGUUUGAAGUCGGUUCUACUUUCAGAAGCAGGAGACUUUUCCUUUGUGAAACUGAAUUCUAUUGAUUUGGUGUGUCGUAGUGUGAAAUGCUUUUUUAUAUAUUGAAUAUUGUGAUAAACGGUUACAGUUAUGUAAUGACUUGAAAAGUUUAACCUUGUUUGUAAGCUAGAGUAGUGUGACAUGCCCUUCAGAACUAAAAAACGCUCGUGUGCAGGAAUGCAGUUUAUGGAUUUUGUGCGUUGACCUGCGGGUUAUUUGGCCGCCAUCAUCGAUCAUAGUAAAUUAAAUCCCAGGAGAUGAUGGCUGAUCGGACAGUUUUGCCUUAGUCUGUGCUGAAAAGUACAACCUGCAACUUCCAUCCCUUCAGACACAGGAAACGGGCAAAGCAAACAUGAAGCUUGCAGUUUUUCACAAACAGUACUGCUACUUCCACCAAUGGGAUGCAUUCCAGAUCGGAUUUUCUUCUAAUAAACUUAUUUAAUACAA